GUACUAUCAAGUCGAGGAAUCGAGCCUACCCGGUAGUCGUGACUUUCGCUUUCACGUGUGUUGGUUUAUAUCUUUCUGCUUUAUACAUCUGCAAGUUGUCUUCACAUCAUUCACAAGAGGGAACUCCAGUCCGCCUGUCCCGGAGACACCCGUCCUCAGAGGUAUGAUGGUGAACUGCUGUGGUCUGCUAACCUCCCAGAAGGAACCAGUUCCUCUGAAGAGCGUGGAGGUGGAGCUGGAGGUGAGGGACCAUGUGGCUACAGUGGUCUCCACUCUGAGCUAUGAGAACAAGGAGGACAAACCACUAGAGGCCGUGUUUGUCUUCCCUCUGCCUGGAGAUGCUGCUGUCUGUCAUUUCAGUGCUCAGAUUGGACAGAUGCAGAUUGUAGCCGAGGUGAAGGAGAAGCAGGAGGCCCGUGAGGAGUAUGACGAUGCUCUGAGCUCCGGUCAGCAGGCCUUCCUGUUGGAGGAGAGUGAGCAGAGUCCAGAUAUAUUCUCUCUGAGUGUGGGCAGUCUGCCUCCAGGAGAGAGCGCCUCCAUCAGGCUGGAGUACGUCACUGAGCUGGCUGUGCAGGCUGAUGACGGGCUGAGGUUUUGUCUGCCUGCUGUGCUCAACCCUCGCUACCAACCUCAGGGGAGUGGAGGUGGUGAAGGUGGCAACGUUCAGGUGACCUCUGUUCAGGUGACCUCUGUUCCAGCCUCUCUGGUGCCCUACAGUCUGUCUUUCUCUGCCCGAGUGUCCUCUCCUCGUCCCGUCUCUAAAGUAGAGUCCAACUGUCCCCUGGACCCUCUUCAGUACCUCAACACAGAGCAAACCCAGACCACGGUCAAGUUGGCUGCAGGACACAAGUUUGACAGAGAUGUCGAACUGCUGAUUUAUUACAAAGAUGCCCACCAGCCCACUGCUGUGGUGGAGGCAGGACGGGCCUCUUCUGAGCCUGGCACUCUGAUGGGGGAUCCAGUGAUGAUGCUGAGCCUGUACCCUGAGUUCCCCCAGGCUGUGAUGUCUUCAGUCGCUUCAUGUGGAGAGUUUGUCUUCUUAUUGGAUCGAUCUGGCAGUAUGCAGGGAGCGCGUAUGAAGAGUGCCAUGGAUACUCUGCUGCUCCUGUUGAAGAGCUUACCAAUGGGCUGCUAUUUCAACAUCCACAGCUUUGGGUCCAGUUAUGAACACAUCUUCCCUGAGAGUGUAGAGUACAACCAGAAGACCAUGGAAGAAGCUCUGAAAAAUGUUGCGGAGAUGAAAGCUAAUCUGGGAGGAACAGAGAUUCUGAAGCCACUCAAACACAUUUACAGCCAGCCCUGCAUUCCCAGUCAACCUCGACAACUAUUUGUCUUCACUGACGGAGAGGUGGGGAACACCAAAGACGUGAUCAAUCUGGUGAAGCAGAAUUCAGGUUCCCACAGGUGUUUCUCUUUUGGGAUUGGGGAAGGGGCCAGUUCUGCUCUCAUCAACGGGUUGGCCAAGGAAGGAGGAGGUCACGCUCAGUUCAUCACAGGGACGGACAGGAUGCAACCCAAAGUGAUGCAGUCGCUGCGAUUUGCUCUGCAACCAGCUGUGCAGGACAUCUCAGUCAAAUGGGAUUUGCCAAAGGGAGUUUCUGUCAUUGAUCUCUCUCCACCAAUCACAGCCCUUUUCCAGGGUCAAAGGUCACUGGUUUAUGCCCAGCUCACUGGACAGGGUUCAGAGGCCUCAGAGGGCUGUGUGACGGUGAGGUACAGCCUGGCAGGUCAUCCCUCUCAGAACCAGCUUCACUUCAGUCUCAAACCUGCAGAGGACACUGGAUUAACCGUCCACAGGUUGGCUGCUCGGACUCUGAUUCGCUCCCUGGAGAUGGAGAAGAGAGAGUGGAGAGGACAGGAAGAUGGAGGAGACAAGAAGAAGAAGGUGGUGGAGCUCAGCGUCCAAUCAGGAGUGAGCAGUGCCUUCACUGCCUUCAUCGCUGUCAACAAAGGCAACAGUGAAGUUAUUCAAGGACCUCUGGUGCGCAGAAAUGUUCCAACACCCAUGGUGAUGGCCUGUGGUAUGCGCAGGCAGUGUGUUCCGAUGUCAUAUGAUGCUUCUCCUGUGAUGAAUAUGAUGGCCCUGAGACAAGCCGAACCAUGUAGCUUGAAAAAAAGGUCUUUGCCCAAACAGCCGCCCAGAGACCCUUUGCUGCAGCUGGUCUCCCUCCAGAAGGCGUCUGGCUGCUGGGUGCUGGAUCCAGAUCUGGCUGCUGCACUGGGAAAGACCAGCGAGGAGGUGGAAAAGCCCAAGCCUGCAUCGGUGAACCAGGAAGUGUGGGCCACCAUUCUGGCUCUGAUCUGGCUUCAUGGUUUCAAGAUGGAUGCUCAGGAAGAGUGGGAGCUUCUGGCUAUGAAGGCUGUGUCAUGGCUCCAAGCUCAGAAAGCCUCCUGUGUGACGGAGUGUGUGGACGCAGGAAACGCUCUGUUGGGUUGCACCGUGCAGAAAGACGUCCUGGGGCUCUGAGCGUUUCAUUAAAGUACGCUUCUCCUUCAGUAUUGGUACACAGAAGCAGAUCACCUGUUUUUUUAUUCAACAUGAAACUGAACAUUAUUAACAUUUGAUCAUACAAUAUUUUUUUUCCCGCACAACUAUAGAGAUUGAUUGACAUGCACUUUAGUGGACACUGAAUUGUAAAAGUAGGUUAAUACUAAUUUAUCUACAGGACAAAAUUGAAACACUUUUCCUAUAGCCUCUAAUCCUUCAUCAUCUGGAACUGAUGUGGUUGAAAUCACUGGGUAACAUUUAAAAAUACAGUGAUGAUGAUAAAUAAAAAGAUGAUAAAUGUGUUAAAGAUUCCAAUGUACUACAAAUUAUAAACUAUUGAUGGUCUCUCCCCUCUUUGACACAGCGUUUCUCUCUGAAAAGCCCAAACAUGUUCCUCUGCUUUUCUGUUCAUAUUCUAUGCCAAGUAC